GUUGUAACAUGGCAAUUGCAUUGUUAUUUUAACAGAGAGAUAUUUUUUCCCCACCCUCUCCACUCAUUCUCAUCUGGGUGCCCUCCUACCCAGCCAGCUUUGCUAUCGUGAUUGUUAAUUCCUGUCUCUUUCUCUGAAAAUGGACAGUUCGAUAUCCCAGGAGCACAUCCGGAGAUAUGAUUGUGAUGCGUACUCUGGCUUUCGUUGUGGAUUGUUGAAACUUCAGAAAGCCCGUUCUAACGUAUGCUGCGACCAGUUCAAAACAGUGGAUGGUCUCAGGCAACCCUGUCAUGAGGAGCAUUUUGAGUGUGAAUUCUGCUUAAAGCGCUGUGAAAACAAACAUGCGCUCAACCAGCACCUAGUGCUUGAACACUGGUCAUGCAGAUGGUGCGCUGAAUUCUUUGCAACUAGUGAUGAUCUUGACAAGCAUAAGAGCAUCCAACAUUACAAAUGUCAACUCUGCAAUGAGUAUCUGGCCACCAAAUCUGAUCUCAGGGAACAUAAAGAGGAAUUCCACCACCUGUGUGACUAUUGUACCUGGUGUUUCCAUUCUUCGCACCGCCUGGUCCAACAUAAAAUAAUAUCGCAUAAUUGGUGCUUGCAUUGCUAUCGCUAUUUUGAAACUCCCAAUAACCUCCGAAUGCACAAACAAACGCAUCGGGCAAAAGACCUGGCCUGCUAUGCCUGCAAGAAGCGUAAAUUUGCAUUCUUCUCCGCAAUGCUCAUCCACAUGGAGGCAGGCACCCACUGCCUCCCAGGCGUGGACGAGGGUCAUGUUAACCGCCUUGCUUUUACGUCCUGGGCACAUCCGUGUUACACUACACCCUGGUACGGACCGCGUCCCUUUUGCUGUCCCCACUGUGAUAAAACGUUCCCGAAGCUGUCCAGCCUGUAUCAACACGCGGAGACCGUCCGCGGAUGUGACAUGCAUCUGAAGGGUAAAUACAGCCUAGGGAGUCUUCGGAGGUACAUCAAGAACAGUUUUAAGUCACACUAUCCUGUCAGAUAUUGUUGAAGCCUUAGAGGGGGUCAAAGGAGUACUCUUAACGGAUUGUGUGUUUUAAAAGGAGGCCUUGAGUCAAGUGGUUUGAGGUUUUGGAUUGUUGGAUAGGAACAGUACCUGUGAAUGGUAUAAAGUAUUUUAGUACACCGGAAGAAGUCUGCUGGACUACAUGGGAUGAUGAGAUUAUGCAUGUAUAUGAGACUAUCAAAGCUCAGAAUUUGCGAGAAUGUAAUCUAAUACAUAGGGUUACUGGCUGUGUGGAUCCUGUGAUCUUUGUUCAUUCACUAUUUUGACCAACAAAUCUUUGGAAAACAAAGACAUAAACAGAAUAUGGUUAUAUACAUACUGUACAGUAGUGUAGCCUGGGGCAUAUAAAUCAAUGAGAUGAGGAUAAGA